UUGAAAUGAUUCCGUCGUUUGUUAAGCGUGGAGAGUCGCUGUAAAUCGCUUGCAGUUUGUUUGCCGUUGCCUAGGUGUGCGCCCAAUGGAGGCGCAGUCUACUUGGUUCGAUUCGGUUCAGUUCGAGGCAGCAGCAGGUCGCAGCGCUAAAUGAGUGAGGUUCAAAGCUGCUUUGUUUUUGUUUAAUGUUUAGUGGUUUAUUCGCGCAGCAAAAGUGUCGCACGUCUAGUUACGGGCGAAAAAGCCCUCCCUUAUCUUAUCUCGUUUCGUGAAAAUGUGCCGCAACGUCGCGAUUGUGAAAGGGUAGUUUACUAUACCGUGUUUCACCUGGUUCGACCCUGGACAUGAUUUUGUUAUCUCUCGCUCGGGGCGAGCUUCCCGGAAUCGACUUAUCCGACUGCAGAUACAGAAACAGUGCAGCAGAUAGCAGGCCGCCCCGGAAUACGGCGCUCGGUUCGUAUUUCACACAGUGAGUGGCCUACUAUAACGGUGGAAGAUCGCUAGUAUAUUUUCGAAACAGUUAGUGGCUACUCUUCACUUUACGAGGUGCUAAUUAGACUGUUGAUCGGUCAGCCAGUGCGCGGAGUGAUACAAGAAAAAGUACAAUGGUGCCUUUCCCGCCGCGUCACGGUUUGGUGGAAAAUAUUUGCACCCGCGAUUAGCGAAAGGGACGAAAUUAGGCGUGCAAAAUUUGGCCACCUGGAUGUGCGUAAUUUCACUCAUAUGAUCAGUGCAGUGUAAGGCCACAGUGAUUUCGAAAGAGAAACAACUAGAAAAAGCAGUUAGUCCUCGUGCUGGCAUGGAUCGAAGCAGCCUUACGGAGGGAGAUGAGCUCGGUUUGAAUGAACUUCAGGCACCGGUCCAGGGGGAAACGUACCGGCGAUCGUUCUGGUGCUGGGGAAAGGGUAACCGAGUAUCACAGGAGGCGGACUCCCUCAGCAUCAAAGUGGGCGGCGAAAACCAUGACAAGAAGCCGAAACGGCACGAAACGAAUCGGAUCAAGUCGACUAAGUACACGCUGCUGACGUUCCUGCCGCUGAAUUUGGCCGAACAGUUCCGACGGGUGGCCAACUUCUACUUUCUCUGCAUGACGAUCAUUUCGAUCGUGAUCGACAGUCCAGUAUCCCCGCUAACCUCACUGAUUCCACUGGUUUUCGUGAUCUCCGUUACCGCUGCGAAGCAGGGUUAUGAAAACUACCUCCGGUACAGGGCGGACAAUGUGGUUAACUACUCUCUGGUGACGGUCGUUCGGAACGGUGUCGAGGCGGACAUUCGCAGCCAGGAUAUCCGCCAGGGGGAUAUCGUGUUGACGGCGCGGGAUUGCGACAUUCCGUGCGAUCUGGUGCUGUUGAAAUCUUCGGACGAAAGUGGCAAGUGCUUCGUGACCACGGCAAACUUGGACGGUGAAACGAACCUGAAGACGAUGUCCGUCCCGAAGGGAAUUCCCGAUCUCCCUGUCGAUAAACUGCACACACUGGGGAGGAUCGAGUGCGAGCUGCCAAAAACCGACUUAUAUACAUUUAACGGAAGAAUAGAACUAGCGGAAAUGCAUCACCAGCAGCACGAUGUGACCGUCAUAGACGGUGUGGAAACCGAAUUCCAUGUACUUCCGCUGAUGGCGGAGAACUUAUUGCUUCGGGGUUCGCGACUGAAAAACACCGAAUGGGCUAUUGGCUGUGCCGUUUAUACUGGACAGAACACGAAGCUGGCGUUGAACAGCAAGAUGACCAGCAACAAGAUGAGUUCCAGCGAGGGGUUCAUCAACAGGUACUUAGUGUUCUUCCUGGUACUACUGGUAGCGAUCGUCACUGUUUCCUUCUUCAUGAAGCGCUACAAUGAUCGAUAUCACGACGAACACAACCGCUAUCUAGGCGAACAUCUACAAACCUACCAAGUGUCGCAGUUUCUACAGGAUUUUUUCUCCUCCCUAAUCUUGUUCAAUUACCUAAUUCCGAUUUCACUCUACGUGACAAUAGAAAUGGCGAAGUUCUUAGGUGGAUUCUACCUAGAGUGGGACUUCGAUAUGUACGAUGAAGAAACAGACCAACCGUGCAUCGUGAACACUUCGGAUAUCAACGAAGAACUGGGUCAAGUUUCCCUCCUAUUCUCAGACAAAACGGGCACUUUAACGAAAAACAUCAUGAUCUUCCAGCAGUGUUCAAUCAACGGAAAAAUGUACGGCCAGAAGGGCCGUAGAUUGCAGGAAGUUGGCCGUACUUACGCCCUCAAGAUCAACGAGUGUUCGCGGCACGUUUACAACUUCUUCGAAGCCCUAGCCGUCUGUCAUACCGUCCAGGUAGCCGGAGACUACACCAACGAAGCUGAUGACCCGGAAGCUGACAAAGAUGACUCAGAGGAAGGCGAACAUCAGGAGGAGCCGAACAACAAUCGUUCGGUUCGAAACUUUUCGCACAUUUCCGAAGAGAUCGAAAAUAGUCUGAACAGUCGUUCGACCCUCGAUGAGACGGACUUCAUUCAGUUGAAGCAUCUAGCUCCAAGGAAUCGCUCCCCGGUGGUGGCGGUGACCGGUACUCAUGAGGAAACCGAAUUCAGACCAACAAGCGACCCGAUCGUUCGUCGCUCCGGUAGCCUUUUCACCGGACAGGACAAUCGCAUCCAUCCAGCAUCACUGCAGAUUCCGCCCUUCGGACGGUCCAUAUCGAAUUCCUCUUCCCGUCGAUCGUCACGACCGCAGAGUCUGGUAGAAUCGGUCACCUCGGAUGAGCGGGUGGACGGCGCGAGUGUGCUUCAAAAUGCCAGCAAUGGUCACCUGAAUAGUUCACUUCAAUCGAUGGAACUGAAACGUGCCGUUUCGGCGUACGAGGAGAAAUCCGUCACGGAUGGUGUGAUAAAAACACACCGUCGAACGCAGUCCCACAUUCCACCCGGGAUGACCAACCGAGCGGCGAAUGGUGCGAUCGGAACUGGCCGAGGGUCGAUCGCUUUACGCAGGGAUCGUCCCUCCAUUCGAUCAACCGCCAGGGAGUACUACGCUGCUCCUUCCUACACGGAGGCUUCGCUCGUGGAACGACAGCAGUCCGUCAUGAAGCAGCAGGAGGUGCUCUCGUUUAUUCGUAAAAUGGACUACCAAGCAUCCAGCCCGGACGAGAAGGCCCUGGUGGAGGCCUGCGCCAAGAUGGGUCUGGUCUUCGUUGGUGACGAUUCCGAAGUGCUGAGCAUUAAGCUGCGCGAGUCGUGCGUGAAACGCAACGUAAAAUCCGUCUACGGGGAAGUACCUAAGGAGGAUCUUGUAAAGUACCAAAGAUUAGGUGUGCUAGAGUUCACCUCCGACCGAAAGCGAAUGAGUGUAAUCGUCCGGGACAGCCAGGGCCAGAUAUGGCUGUAUACCAAAGGGGCCGAGAGUCACGUACUGCCACUGUGCACGAAGACAUCGAGCGCGCUGGUGGCGUCCACCCAGAAGCACAUCAACGAGUUUGCCAAACAGGGACUCCGUACGCUAGCCGUUGCGAGACGAAGACUGACGCAGUUGGAGUUCGCCAACUACCGAAAUGAACUGAUACAGGCCGGUAAUUCGUUGACCGAUCGAGUCGCGAAGGUUGAGGAGUGCCAGCGUAAAAUCGAGAUGGGCCUGGAGCUGCUCGGAGCGACUGCCGUGGAAGAUGCACUCCAGGAUGACGUCCGAGAUACGCUGGAAUCGCUGCGAAAGGCCGGCGUCAAGGUUUGGGUGCUCACCGGUGACAAGGUGGAAACGGCCCUAAAUAUUGCGCUUAGCUGUGGUCACAUUCCGGAUAACGCUUUUCGGUACUUCGUGACGGAAUGCACUACGGUAGACGAGGUCCAGCAACACUUCGAUGUGUUUUCGUUCGAAAUGUUUCGUGCACCGAAUCGGGAGUAUGCUCUUCUUAUCGACGGCGCUAGUCUAGCGAUUGCGUUGGAACACCUGAAAGAGGUAUUCCGGGACGUGUCCAUCAAGUGCCGGGCUGUGUUGUGCUGUCGUUUGAGCCCACUACAAAAGUGCGAAGUGGUGCAGCUGAUGAAGACUGUGGACAGCGCUCCGGUGACGGCUGCGAUCGGCGAUGGUGCGAAUGACGUUUCAAUGAUUCUGGAAGCGCAUGUUGGAAUUGGAAUCGUCGGAAAGGAAGGCCGCCAAGCGGCACGGUGUGCCGAUUACGCACUUGCCAAGUUCUGCAUGAUCAAGAAGCUGUUCCUUGUUCAUGGACAUUUUUUCUCCACACGGUUGUCUAUUUUGGUGUUGUACUUCUUCUACAAAAAUUUGAUCUUCAUGGGGAUCCAGUUUUUCUUCCAAAUCCACAGCAUGUUCUCAUCGCAGUCGGUCUACGACUCCGUUUUUCUCACGCUGUAUAACUUUCUGUACACUUCCCUGCCGGUGUUGGUUCUUUCGUUAACUGAGAAGCCUUUCAAAGAGGAGAUUUUGAUGAAGGAACCUUCACUGUACCAGCGAGUAGCUGGUAAUAAGCAGUACGCCUGGAAGUACUUCAUCGGCUGGAUGUUCCUGGCGUUGUACCAUUCCACCGUCAUCUACGUGUUCUGCUGGGCGAUUUGGGGUAACAAUCCGGCCAUCUACGCGUGGUGGCCUGCGACGGCAAACUUCGCCUGCUUCGGGACGAUCGCGAUCCACAACGUUGUUGUGCUCGCGAACCUGAAGCUCCUGCUGGAGGCGAUCUACAAAAGUUACAUCUUCAUCGCCUCCAUCUGGCUGUCGAUCUUCGGUUUCAUGGGGACAACCUUCAUCUACAAUCUGUUCAAUAUAUUCGGCCUCAUUUCCAGAAACUACGACGGCGACAUGCUGCAAGUCUACAACAAUCUGCUGUCGUCGAUGACCUUCUGGGUGCUGAGUCUGCUGAUCCUGGUGGCGGCCUUCGUGCCGGACUUUACGAUGUUCGCCGGACGGGCCAUCGGCAUCAAGAUCGGUCACAUCUUCCCCGGUGGUGCCAAGUACCGGAGCACGUUCUUCCAGCGCCGGAACCGGGGCGUGGAAAGUACGUACCUGUGAUGCUUUUUGCGAAAUUGCAUGACAUGCAAGAGAGUGCCAAAACUAGGUUAAGAGCUAGAACGUCGUACUGUGUGCUUUAAGUUAUUAAUUUGCCACCUAGUGAGAGUAUUAUUAUAGAAAAACCCCGCGAUCGGAAUGUGGUGUGAUUGACAGUUCCUAGCCAGAGUUACCAGUAUUUUACGAAAAAUACACGUUUUUGUGAGACUUUUUUACAUUCCAAA